CGUAAACAAUUAUAUUCUAAUAUAUUUUUGACUUAUGAUAAUAUAGCAAUUAAAAUUAUUUGUUUUAAAACAAAUUUGAAAGAAAAUUAAAUAAAAACGAGGCGAAAUUCGAGAAGAUUCUAACAAACGUUAAAGCCAUACACAAAGGAAGGGUUUUGGAAAGCCCUAAUAGCACGUAAGCCUCUGAGAUUAAUUUCAUUUCUCAAAGCCAUCGAUCUUUAGAAUUUGGAACUGGAAGAUGGCGUUCGCUUCAACAAUUCGACGCUUUCUUUCAGGCUCAGCUUCUCCUACUCUCCAACCGCAGCUCUUCUCUUCUCGUCUCUACUCAACUCUCACUUCUCCAAAGCUUUUCGUCUGUGUUACUGGCUCUUCUUUAUGGUGCAAACAAGCAGGCCUUUCAAGACUAACAACAGAUGAGAAGCUUAAAGAGGCAUUUUCUCCCUUUGGACAGCUUGUUGAAGCAAAAGUCGCAGUAGACAGGGUCUCUAGAAGAUCAAAGGGGUUUGGUUUUGUCACAUAUACAACAAUAGAAGAAGCAGAGAAGGCCAGAGACGGGAUGAAUGCCAAAUUUUUGGAUGGAUGGGUAAUUUUUGUAGAUCCUGCCAAGCCAAGAGAGCAGAGACCUCCACCAGCACCAGAGCCUUCUGAAACUGGUUUCAAAAUAAAUAAGACCAUCGGAUGGUGUGGGUGAUUGCAUUGGAAGUUUUGAUUUCAUUGUAGUGGAAGAGUUGCUCGAAAGCUAUUCACGAGAUUAGUCAAGAAUACAAUUUACAAUUUAAGUUGAGGAACAUGUUGAGUGAUUUAUUACAGACAAGCAUAUCUUAUUAACCUUUUCUGUUGAUUUGUUUUAGCUUCCUUAUUGUGCGAUCCUGUAUUUGUUUUGGUUGAACCUCCAUUCAUGGAGCAUUGAACUUCUUUUGCCGCCUAUUAAGAUUUCUUCAUAAAUAGAAUGCCUUAGAAGGGGUUACUCAUGUAACCCUUUCUAACUAGUUGA